UGAAAGAGGUCAAAUGACACUUCGUGGUUAUAAAUUUCCAGACCUCGCCUCUCAAAUUGCACCCUUGACCAUACGUGUGGUGAAUUUACCUCUCUCAGUCACUAAAGAUGAGAUAGCAUGUAAGCUCCAUAUUGCAAAAGACUACAUCACCCUGGAGCAGAAGCCUGGCAAGAAGACUGCCUCUGCCAUCAUUGUUCCCUCCAGCUGGCGUGAAAGUGAUGUAAUUUUGGCUCAUUAUGAUGGAGUGUUCUUUGGGAAGCAGAGAGCAUUUGUAAGGCAAUCUUAUGACACGGACACAUCACGACCCUCCUCAGAGCACUACCAGCUUCACAAGCUGUCCAGUGAAGAGUUUGACUUGAGCCCUGCACGCAGUGGACAGCCUACACUUCAUGUCCUCAAAGAUGACGUCUUGCUUCAUAUUAUGAAAUAUUUGAGUGUUGCUGAAAAACUGACUCUUGAAGCGGUGUGUCGACGCUUUCAAUCGCUGGUUUACAGCGUGCUGGGCCAGAAAAACGUCAUGGACUUCACUGAUGACAUGUGCGCCUGGCGAAGUGCUUACUCCAACCUCUCCAAAUGUCGGAGCGAGUCGCCGGUCCAGCUCACGCAGAACAUCAAGCUCUGCACCUACAAGAUGCUCAUUAUGAACGCUAACCACCUCACUACUCUCAGACUCGACGAGUAUCACAGCAUCUUUGAUGUCAACGUAUUUGCUGCUAUAGGUCGACUUGCUGUGAACCUGGAAGAUUUAUGCCUGCAGUUUUCGUCAACGAGGAAGCACUACACCCCCAUGAAGACCAUCUUCUCGCGCUGUUCAAAACUCAGGAUUUUCGGUCUCGAAGGCAGAUUCAACAAGGCAGGUUCGAACGAAUUGUUGCGAGACUUGAGUCAAUGCAAAUGCCUGGAGGUGUUGCGGCUGGGCAGCAUAUAUCAUCUUGACUUCGCUCUUCUACGGGAGUUGCAAGCUCCUCUGAGAGAGCUCUCGAUCCGCAGCUUUGUAACGUUAUCAAACUUGAGCUCAAACGAUAGCUUUCAAGAUUUCCCUUUCAACUCUACCCUCUCGACAUUCCGCUUGUUCGACUCCUGGCUCUUAUGGAGGAAACAUUGGCUGCAGGCGGGUGAACUCACCGCCAUGGCAUGCAAGUGUCCUGCGCUGACCCAACUCCAGCUUGGUUACCGCGGUCAUUGUCUGCUUCCUAAUUUCAAGACAUUCAAUAACUUGAAGGUGCUCCAUAUUAUGCUUUAUGACGGAGCGAUGAAGAUCAACAAGAAGACUCGUCAUCUUCUUGUAAUUGAGGAUCUUCUCAGAAGCUGUCUGCCAGACAUCGAGGACCUCUACAUUGAGUUUUACCCAGGAAAAGUUAAUAACCUCACCGUAGACUUUUCACUUGCACCGACGUCGGUGAAGACCCUAACGCUGCCUUCCGUCGCUCUGGACGAUGACUCAUACAAGUGCCUCCUGCGCAUGCCAAAGCUGCAGCGAGUCUUCGUCAAAAACGAGAAAUUCUCUCUGGCUCAGCUGAAACUGCUCAUGGCCCACGUUCAGCUGGUCGAGAUCGGCGCU